AGAUUAUACUAUAAGUAUACUUGUGGUUUCCUAACUACUCAUAAUUCGUAUUUCGUGCUAGCUUACUGUUCAGCCAACAUUUUUCUAAUAUAAGAUUAAUUUUUGUAUUUCACUUAAAACAACUCGUCUCGUAACUCGUUAUGGCUGUACGAAUACUUUUCAAAAAUGCCAUGCUUAGAAGUGGAAUUUCUUUGCGACUAAACAGUCUAAUAUACAAACGUGAUUCAUCGUACCGUUCAAGCCCAAUAGCUCAAGACUCAUCGUGUUAUGCCAAAUAUGAAGUAUCAUCUUCACCAGAAGAAUGGAAAUUUGUUGAGAGACUACUUCCGUUGACUACUAUACCAACACCUUCUGACAGGAAAGAUUUGCCAUCAGGGUGGCAGCCACAGACAGCAACAUUUGGAAAAUAUCCUUACUUUGUCCAUCGAACACGCAAUCAUAUGCUACCUGUGUAUCUUAAAGUUUCCAUGAGAGGAACAAGACGCAUAACUCAAAUAAACAAUGUAGAUGGUAACAUAUGGAUGUUAGAAGAAGCCAUAAAGAAAUACUUGAUGAGAGUAUACGGAGAUAAGAAAAUAAUUGCUACUAAAGUACAUGAAGUAUGUGGUCAUUUAUGUAUUCACGGAGAUCAUGUAUCUAGAGUUAAGGAGUGGUUACUAAAGAAAGGUUUGUAAAGAAAAUAAUAGAAUAUAUAAAAAAAAAAUGUAAUAUAAAAAUGAACUUACAAUAAAAUAUAUGUAAAAAUAAACUAAAAUUGCACUUUGACUUAA